AUGGCUGGCAACAAGUCACUUCCAUCCUUUCAUCAACCCGGCGACGCCGCCACGGCCAUGACCGAGCGGGUAGCUCCGCAGAUUCGAUCUUCGACCCGUGCCGUAACGGCCGAGCGGUACUUCUACCGUCCAUCCAAGACGCGGGCGGUAUACUGCAACGGAGGGGCCCGCAACAGCACCGGCCCGGCGCUCUCUCUCCGGGACUCGGUCAAAACAGGCAACCUUGAGCAGAUGCUGCAAACGGACGAUGACGGCCCUUCGCCCGCCUCGACUCCAACCGGGAGAGCGGCCGCGGCGUCUAUAGGCGCUGCAGAUGAUAUUAGCAUGAUGGCUACCGUUUCCCGGACUGCAACUGCCUUGACGACGCCGCCAGCCACAUCCCACGGCAACAAGUACGACUCGUGGGACAGCAGCCUGUCGGUGCCCGUCCAUUCGGAGAAGCCUGUCAAUCCCAAGAGAUCUUCCAUCAACAAUGAGAACGGCUACCCCUUUGGCCGCCCUGUCCUAGCUUCUCAAAAGAGGAAUUCGACUUUGCUCGCCACCAACAACACACCACCCAUGGACUCGCUCGCGUACGACCACUAUAACGGGGAUGUAGCCGACGAUGCCGGGUUUACAAAUACCGACUCCGGCUAUCUCGUGCCGUCGCAUCACAAGGACUUGAAGCCUCGAAGCGCCAAGGAGGGCGGGAGUCCCGCCGACAGUUUGUUCGAUCCGGAAACCGACGAGAGCAAAUGGAUUCACCGUGACAAGCUCGCCCAGAUUGAGAACGAGGAACUACAGGCUGCGGGAUUCGUCUUGCCUGUAGCGAGAGACAACAGGUCACGGUCGAAAAGCGCGAACCGUUUGAAGAGGGAUCAAAGCCAGGACAAGCUUAGCGGUCAGGCUAGGUCCAUUGGCGGCGGUGAGCACAUCGGCUCGAGGUCUAGAAAGAACUCGUCAGCCACGCAGGACUGGGACAAGCGAGCCGAUGAUGGUGCUGAGCACGCUGAUUCUAGUUUGUCGAACCCCGGCGCUAAAGUAACAUCCCGGAUUCCUGUGCCGAGAACCAAGACUUACCCAACAACGCCAACUGACGAGAAGGUCGCUGCCUACGCGCGGAAACGGGAUAGCAGUCCUGAGGAAGAUAAGGAAAAGAUAACCUAUCCGAAAACACGAGGACGGAGCGGCAGUACAGGCAACGCCCUUACAAAGGCGGCCAAUGGAACCGACGCCCGGCCUAUAGCGAAGCGGGCCGACACCUCUCCCAUCAAAAGCAAGCCGGCUGCGGGAGCCAAGAAGGUUUCCGGCAAGGCUGCGACUACCACAACUACGCGACCGCGAACCGGAACACGAGGUGCAUCCAACAAGGAUUCAACAGGUGCUCGGCCAACGACGCGUUCCGGUGACCGAGAGCUCUCGCCCACAACGCACAAGCCGAUGGAAGGUGAACCACCCUGGAUGGUUUCGGCAUUUCGCCCUGACCCCCGUCUGCCACCAGAGCAACAGCUGCUACCAACGGUGGCCAAGCGGUUACAACAGGAGAAGUGGGAACGGGAGGGCAAGGUUGGCACCGUCUUCGACAAGGAGUUUAGGCCACUCACAGACGAAGGCUUCCUCGAGCCACCCGAACAUCCUAUUGUUGCGCCUGAACAUGAACCAGCGGAGAACGAGAACGAGCAAGAACAGGAGAAGGAAAACGAAAAGGAAGAUCCGCAGGCAGAUUGGCCUUUGAAACCCGCCGAGCCUCAAUGUCCUCAGAGUCCACCUCCUCCGAGUCUCCACAGCCUUCAGAGCCCCCGGAGCCCGGCUCCCGUUGGACGGAAGGACUCCUACUCGACAAUGCCCGGACGGAAGGACUCCUACUCGACAAUGCCCAAGAUCGCGGACAAGCCUGCUUUGACCACGGUCCCCAGCCCGAAGAACCCCCCACAGCCUCCUCACCCAUCGCAGGUGAUCAGGGUACCAGAGCCUCCCGAGGAUCCGCCUCAGAAGAAGGAGAAGGGAGGAUGCGGAUGCUGUAUAGUUAUGUGA